AUGGGCAUCAAUAAUCCAAUACCAAGAUCGCUUAAAUCUGAAAGCAAAAAAGCGGCUAAAGUGCUAGCGAGUUUUGUCAAACCAAACCAACUUUUUGGUGCAGACACGGUGAUCCCACCUGAGGUGCUAAAACGAGCAAAGGGUCUGGCGGUUAUCACGGUGCUGAAAGCGGGGUUUCUGUUUAGUGGACGAGCGGGCUCUGGGAUUAUCGUGGCACGGUUGAGAGACGGAUCGUGGUCUGCACCAUCGGCAAUUGCCCUAGCAGGUGCAGGGGCCGGAGGACUCAUCGGUGUCGAGCUCACGGACUUUGUUUUCAUCCUGAACACGGACGAUGCCGUUAAAUCGUUUUCGGAGUUCGGAACCAUCACUUUGGGAGGCAAUGUAUCGGUGGCAGCCGGUCCUCUUGGCCGUAACGCUGAGGCUGCCGCUUCUGCCUCGCUGGGCGGGGUCGCUGCGGUCUUUUCAUACUCUAAAACGAAGGGUAUGUUUGCAGGGGUUUCGGUUGAAGGAUCCAUCAUUGUGGAAAGAAGAGAGGCGAAUCGGAAAAUAUACGGAGACAAGUGCAAAGCGAAAAUGAUCUUAAGCGGUCGCGUGAGACCUUCGGCUGCUGCGGAUCCUUUGUUCCGAGUCCUCGAGUCGCGCGCAUUCAACUAUGGAGACAGACCCAGGGAUUAUGAUGAUGACAGCGAAUUCUACGACGAUAUUCCCUCCUCUUUUGAUUCCUCUGAUAUGGACUCUCAUAGAGCGAAUACCAGAUCGACCCGAAGAAGAGCUGAUUCUGUACAGUCAUCGAGGUCCUAUCGCGACGAUUUGGAUGACGGUUUUGAUGACGAUUUUGAUGACGAUGAUCCCAACGACGUCAGCGGAUAUUACUCGAAAGCCAGGGGCCAAAGGUCCUCCAGUCGAUGGGAAGAUGAUGUUUAUGAUAGAGACUUGGCCGACGCUUCAAACAGGCUCAGCCACGCCAAAGUGUCAAGCGCGCCCUCAAGACCUAGAACCGAAAAGCCUGAUUUUGGAAUUUCAUCGCUCCCAGCAGGCUCAAGGAGCGCAAGGAAUGUUUCUUCAGGCUUACCGAAAGCAGUCGCUCUUUAUACGUUCAAGGGAGAGCAGUCUGGUGAUUUGACCUUCAGAAAAGGCGAUGUUAUAUCCAUUUUGAAAAAGUCAGAAUCGCAAAACGACUGGUGGACGGGGCGCAAUAACGGACAGGAAGGAAUCUUUCCUGCUAACUAUGUAGAGCUGGUUUGA